UCUCUCUCUCUCUCAUUUCUGAAUUAACUCGAUAUUUUGGUGUUAUUUUGACAGUCCUUUUGAGCUGCAAAUGCAUUUGUUCCAGCAGUCUGGAUUCAUCUGAUCAUUUUAAAAUAGCCAGUCGUUUCAAGCUAGGAAUUGGUCCAAAAUGAAUAGAAUCAAAUAAAUUUGUGGGCCUGUUUCUGGAUUACAAACAAGAGCCACCUUGUCUGUGCCCCAUGAAAUAAAAGUCUCAGAUAAAAAACAAAGACAGAUUCGUCACCCUGAAGCAUGCUGUCAGCAUCCUUGCGGCUAAUUGACGGACAAACGUAGGCAACCAUUUCCUAAAACAAAAUUAUUUAAGAUUGCAACAUCUGCCAAGGUGAAGAGUGAAGCAACUAUCUCCAGGCCAAAACAUAACUCUCUCUUUUUCCAUGUCCUCUCCUCCUGCUGAUUGGGUAAUAUUCUUAACUGAGUCAGAACGCAGCUUAUUUUAUGAAGCCCCAAAAGUGCUAUAUAAGCAGGGACAGAUAGUAAACAGGAGCAAAGACUGAGCUUUGGAAACGGAAACGUGCGUAAAGGAACAACUGGAUUCAGAAUGAAAACCAUCUGCUUUAUGCUGCUGUGCCUGGCCGUGGCAAAUGCAGCGCCAGUCAGUUCACAAGGAAGAGAAGAAGAAAACUUGCGGGUCGUUCAGAAGUACUUGGAAAAAUAUUACAACUUCACAUCAGAUGGACAGCCAGUUUUUAGACAGAAAGCCAACAGCCCUUUGGUUAAAAAAAUCAAAGAAAUGCAAAAAUUCAUGGGGCUCCAGGUGACGGGCAACCUGGAUUCUAAUACGCUGGAGGCGAUUCAGAAACCCAGGUGUGGAAACCCAGAUGUUGGGGAUUUUGGCUUCUUUCCGGGACAACCCAAAUGGGAGAAGAAAGACCUGACCUACAGGAUCGUGAACCAUACGCCAGAUAUGGACUCAAGCGAUGUGUACGAAGAGAUUGCGAAAGCGUUUAAAGUGUGGAGCCGGGUUACACCCUUGACAUUCAAACGUGUUUCAGCCGGCGAUGCAGAUAUUAUGAUCACUUUUGCUGAAAGAGAGCAUGGCGAUUUCAAUCCCUUUGAUGGUCCUGGCGGGACUGUUGCCCACGCCUAUGCUCCCAGUAGAGGUAUAGGAGGAGAUGCUCAUUUUGACGAGGACGAAAAGUGGACCAAUGGCUUGGAAGGUUCCAACCUGUUUUUUGUUGCUGCUCAUGAAUUUGGCCACUCGCUUGGGCUCUACCAUUCGCAGGACCCCCAAGCCGUGAUGUUCCCAGUGUAUAGCUACCCCCAGCUCACUCAAGAAGUUCUCUCCCAGGACGAUAUCAAAGGCAUUCAAUUCCUCUAUGGAUCAACAACUAACCCACCUGAGGAGGACCCAGUGGAAGAUGACAUACCAAGAGUACCUGCCAGGCCAACCCAACCUGCAAUACCAACUGCCUGUGAUCCUCAUUUGACAUUUGAUGCUGUCAGUAACUUUCGGGGAGAAAUGUUGUUUUUUAAAGACAAGUAUUUCUGGCGAAAGCACCCCCGUUAUGCACAGCUUGACUUUAGUUUAAUUUCCACAUUCUGGCCAUUUUUAACAUCUGGAGUUGAUGCAGUUUUUGAAAAUAGUGAUAAAGAUGUGGCGUUUCUUUUUAAAGGCAACCAAUUUUGGGCCGUGAAAGGAGACUCCAGGCUUCCUGGCUACCCCAAGCGCAUCCAUACCUUGGGCUUCCCGAAAGACGUCAAGAAAAUCGAUGCAGUGUUUUACAAUAGCAAUGAAAGAACGACAUACUAUUUUUCAUCUGACAGAUACUGGAGAUAUGAUGAAGCUAGCCAAACCAUAGACAAGAAACCCACGAAAAUAAGAGAUGGCAUCCCAGGUGUUAAUGGGAAGGUUGAUGCUGCUUUUCAGCAUAAUGGAUUCUUUUACCUCUUCAGCGGAACAAAUCAACAUGAGUUUGACCCUAAUAGCAAGAGAGUUACUCGGAUCACAAGGGCAAACAGCUGGUUUCCAUGCAGAGGUUAAACCACUGACGAUACAGAAAACAACUGUUCAGUAAUAAUCAUAUUAGCACUGGUCCACUGAAACUGGUUAUAUGUUUAUAACGCAUACAAAAGGCAGCUACUUUUUAUGACUACAUGUGCAGGAGAUCCAAACAGAUGCAACCAGAGCUGUCCUUGAAAUUUCAAACUUGGAAGCUGGCAUACCAAUUAACGUGACCUCCGUUAUCCAUAUUCUGGUCACUUCCAAGUGGUUUAGACUACUGUAAAGUGCUUUGUGUGGGGCUGCGUUUGAAGACUGUUUAGAAACUGCAGUUAGUACAGGACCCAGAUGCCAUAUUACUAACUUGAGAAUGUGUGUUGAGGUGAUAUUAUACCUGUAUUGGGCCAAUUGCACUGGCUCCCAGACUCCCAGUGCUGAAAUGUAUAUCAGUACUGUCUUUUCUGUAUUUUUGUGAUGACCAGUGUUUUUUAGCAGAUAAGCUUGACUGACUGACUUUCACCAAUGUUAAGUGCCACUUUUUGAUGACUGCAACAUAAAUGUUCAGUCUGUGAACUUUGUGCCUGACACUUGCAUAAUAUUCUCAUCUUUUUUAUUCCAUAUGUUGACCGCUGGCGUUCACAUAUACACAUAUCUAACCUUCACCACCUUGACAUAAAUGACAGCUGGCUGCGGCUGAUGGGAGUUAUGGUCCAAAAAAUCUGGGUUGAUGAAGGCUGAUCUAUACUAAUAGGAAUUUCAGUUCUCUACAUAGCCAGAACAGUACCAUCCAUACAGCAGAAUGGUGAGGUUUUAAACAAGUUAGAGUUAACCAACUUGGAGAUCCUUGGAUGGGGAGCAGUCUGUACAUUAGUUGAGCUACUAAAUAAAAGCAAUAAACCCAAAGUUCUGCAAAAGGACAAAAAAGUUUUA